UGAAAUCAACAUGAGACAAAAGAAUUUAAUGGCCGAAUACAUGCUUCGGCAUCAAGAUUUGGCCAAAAAUAUAUUGCCGAAUUGUGGUCAGGGCAAAGCUGCUGCCAAUAAAUUGUGGGACUCCUUGGCGGUCCUGCUUAAUGCGGCCGGUCCACCAAUGAAGGAUGCUAAGUCUUGGCGGAAAGUAUUUGCUGAUCAAAAGCACAAGGUCAAAAAGAAGUUGUCUUUCAACAAAGCGUCGAAGCAGCGAACUGGUGGUGGUCCUUACGAAGAAAAGUACCUAACAACAGCAGAGGAGCAACUGCUUCAGGCUACCGGCAUGGACGUUGCGGUAGAAGGCCUGAGAGAAGUAAGAACUUACUUUUGGCAACUCCACCCCUGAAAAAGAGCCUGUCGAAAAGCUUAUGGCAGAGCU